AUGGCGACAGAUACAGAUUUCAUCGGGGCCCCUGGAUCUGUUUUGGCAGAAAUCUUCCCUCCAGACACAAAACUCUACAGGAACCCGUUCAUCUUGGGACACAAUCUCGACGACACGCUGGCCCUUUUCACUGGCAACGGCGUCGGCGGCGCAGUUAGCCCUCGUGCUCGUGAUAGUGGUGAGGGUGCACUGUCACCGUCGCAAACGAAGAGCAGGCUGGACAAGCAGCGAGUAAGACUUGCCGCUGUCGCCAUCGUCGCAGAAGAAGCCAAGGAGCGUUCCAGGAGGGGCAGCAAGCGCCACAUGACCGAGCACGCACGGGAGACAAGUGAAGUCGUCGGAGCAACUGGGGACAUUGGCGGAGUCCCAAACCGAAGCGGUGUCGAGGGGCACGACUUAACAAGAAGCAUUUCUCCCCCGCAAGAUGGUCAACGCUCCGAUCGGUCAGGCUCGGGUAGAGAUGAUGGCCACCUUGGCGAUGACGGCAAAGUCUCCAAGAGGCGGAGAGGGAAAGGUGGGAUAACCUUCCAGGACCAACAGGGCGAAGGCGGCCAAGCAGAUAGCCAGCCCGGGAGCGACGGGGCGGGCAACGCGGAGUCUCCGCAAGCGGCGGGAAAACGUGCACACCACCAUCACCACCACGGAAAACUGAAGCGCGGCCGGAAGGCCAAAACGAUUUCCCACAUCGAAGUCGACGACGACGCUUGUGACGUCAGAACGUCGGAAAGUGCCACAAAACCGGGGAGUGCAAACGUUACGAAGCACAGCUGGCACGGUAGGUCAGGAGGGGGGGCAGAUUGGAAGACCAUAGCAAAGGCCAUCAAGGAACCGGCGUAUAAGGGACCGUGGGGAGAUCGCAUUCGAAUCGGUUGUUGUACGGGCCACGAGUGGGAAGUGAGAGGCGUGAUCGUCGUCCCGAAUGGAAAGGGCAAGUGCAGGGUCGCUCUGUCGGAGGUGUACAACCAUGCCAAGGGGCAAGAGGGCAUGGGGAGGGUGGCGGACGUGGGGGAGGACGUGGGCCAGUUUCACCCGGCUGUGGCAUCUUCCUCCUCGGCACCUCGUCUUCCUGGCGCCGCCGAGAGCAUUGCUACGGAGGCAGGGGAGGGGAGCAGAGCCGACCCCGCGACGACACACGUAGGCCAGCAGCCCGCAGGCAUGCCGAUUCCGUCAGCCGCUAAGGAAACGAGGUCAGAAGCCACCCCCGCUGUCGACGGCGAAGACAAAGGAAGCUCUCCCGUAGCCCCGUCGGUUACCGCUGCGCCCGGCGAAGCGCACCCCACCACAGGGGAAGAAGCGGAGAGGAGUUCUCCGGGGGGAAGAGCCGCUCUGGAAGCCACCAUCAAGACCAAGACAGGGAGAGCGAAGCUCGCUGGCGGCAACAAAAAGCAGCUGGACGGCGUUCGUCGGGCGGGGGCGAGAUCAACACAGGGCGCCGGGGGGCCUUCCAAGAAGGCGGGGGGGAGUGGGGGGAUGGGUGCGAAGCACCACCGUGGAGGCGGAGGCGGUAGGGAGAAAGGGGCUACGGGAGGAGGGGAGUCGGCCGAAAAACACGCCGCUCGAAAUCUGGAAAUCUUCGAGCAGAAUCUUGAGGGGUUGGCGCUACCCAAGGGCGUCGCGGGCAAAGGGGCAGGAAGCGGCAGGAGGCGUUCUCUUCUCGGUGGCUACAAGGCCCACUCGGAAGCGGUUCAAGAGUCCCGUCGACGGCACCCCAAGACUCCCCCGCCCGCGCGUGGCAAACCCCACGACCCUUCCACCAACAGCACGGUAGCGGAACCUGAAGAUCAGGACCACGACGACGACCACCUGCCCAAAAACCGUAGCAGGACCCCAGACAACCGGUCGCGUCGCAUGUCCUACGCACCGCGAGAGUCUGAGAGAAUGCCGGGGGCGGAGCGAAGGGGCGGGUUGAAGGAGGGGCACGGUGGGGGGGGGAUCGGGGGGGGCAGCGGCGUUGGUGGUCUCGCCAAGUGCCAGAGGGUUUGGAAGAUGGUGCCGCAGGCUAGGGACAAACGCCCAACCUGGUUACGGCAGUACGAGGAUGGUUCUAUCCCGUACGGGAGUCACUACCAAAACUACGCCGGACGCCGCCAGAAAGAGGUUCACUUUCGGGUUCGUCUUUCCUGGGCAAAGGUGGAACUCAUCGUGACAGAUAGGCCUAAUGCCCGACGCUUCGCCGACUUCCGACCGAAGCAGAGGUAUACCUUCUUCCGCAAGCUGAAGUUAGACGACCUCUUGGCGAUUGCUUACCGAGAGACGGUUGCGAGCGGUGGCGUCCCUGGCACCGAAAAGUCUCCGGCGGAGCUUGAUCUCAAGAGCUGGCACAAGUUCGUGGUCUCGUUAGGGUUCAUCGCGGACGUUUCGCAGCCGGCUAGGCACCACGAUAUCGAGCAGAUUUUCCGCCAGAGGACGAGGCAGUACAAGGCGGAGCUCAGGAAGCUUGAGGCCCAAGCCGCGAAGGAGCGGGAGAGACAGUUAGCCGAGGAAAGGGCGCACGCGAGAAGGCUCGCGGCCAUGGGAGAGGCAGCGGCCGGGACCGAUGACCACAAGGCCCAACAACCAAACAGGCCCAAGUCCGCAGCAGGCGCGCGAACCGGCACGCCUUCCAGCGCAUCUGCUUCUGCCGUCCGCAAGGCGCCGGAGGUGUCUCGGUCCAGCACCGGAGCGCGAACGGCCAGCAGGGGGCGUGACGCAGACGGGAAGAGUAUAGGUGGUGCGACGCAGGGGCGGAUUGGGGCGGCGAGUCGUGGUGGCGUUGGGGGCCGAAAAACAACAGGCAGUAGAGGCAACAGCAGGGAGGCCUCCGCUAGCGGUAAAACGGGUGCAGGGACAUCUCAGCGGGGAAACUCGCCGGGGACGCCUUCCGGUCGGGCACGGGGCCAUCACCAGGCGGCGGAGGGCGGCGGGGCUGGAGUAGGCAUGCCCAACGCUGCUGCUGCCGCCAUAGGGGUUGGAGCAGCGGCAGCCGAUGCUCCGGUGGAUUCGGUUCGCAACCACCAGCAGGUUGUAAUGAAGCACGUGCUGGACCAGGACCUAAGGAUGGAUUUGGCGGGAUUCAAGGACGCCCUGUCGGCUCUGGUGAUUCUACGCAAUCCGGAGUUAGAACAAAGGAAGAGUCAGGUUGAGGGGCUUCGAGAUCUCGUCUUCAACCACGUGCUAAUCAGACCGGAGCUUGAAGGGGUCAGAGAGAUGGCGUGGCUGCAGGCGAAGACGUGGAUACGCAUGGCCGUGAAGCGUAAGCAAUACUUGGCAGAGCUGCGCCGCCUCGAGGCUCUUCGCAUUGCAGCGCUGCGGAAGGCCGCGUCGACCACCAUCCAGACGUGGUUCCGCCGUCUCUCGUGGCUGUGGAAGUUUGCGGCCGUCUGUGAAAAGCGGCGGCUGGAGACGCUAAGGAGAUUAAGGGAAUGGCGUGCGGUAAAGAGAAGAAAACGGCGGCGACGAGAGGAGGGAUUUGAUACAGCCAUGUACACGCAACGCUACCAGCGACUAUCGAUGAUAUCAAACGGCAGGUUCGUCAUCACGGAGAAGGCUCUUCACGCCCAGCUGUGCCGGACUCUCAAGACGGAGUCGCUCAGUGGCGCUGAGAUUCUGGAGAACCUCGACAAGGUGGCGGCUAGAUUGUCUUGUCGAAAGCAGCGGGAUGGACGGCGGUGGGUGGUGUCUAGGGCGAAGAGGGUGGCCGCAGAAUCCGGAAGUCUGGUGUACCGUGUGGCCAGUCGGCUGGACGGGGUCUUCUACUUCUUAAAGGUGUAUCGGUCAGCAACGGACGUGGCCGUGACCGCUUACGAGCCCAAGAGGUGCGAAACGCUUCGGGUCGUCUUGCCCAUUCGUGGGGCCCGAGGGAUCUCCGUCUGGAUUGAGUGGGAAGUUGAAACGGCGACGUUGAGGAGGAGGCGGGAGCUAUCGCGGAGGCUUGGGGAGGUGCAGAAGAUCCUAAAGUUGCACGAGAUGAACGUGGAGAUCGAGAGGCCCAAGCUUCUCGCCGCCCGUAGAUUGGGCAGCGCCGUGCAGGAACGCGAAGCGCCCUUGCCGGCGGCAGACACAACAAGCAAGGCGAAAAGACUCCCAGGCGGUGGUUCUGUUGCUGCCCUCCUGAGGUCGACAACGGCUUCCGGGACAACAAGCCUCCUCAAGGCACCACCGCCCGGAGAAGAGGGCGAGGACGAGCCACCACAGGGCCCUAGCCCAGCGGUAUCGGGGCCGCCGCCACCAGCGGCAGGGACAGCAGAGGCACCGCCAACGGACGCCGAGCUGACCGGCAUGGGAGCGUUGCCGUUCGUGUGGUACGAUGGAGCCGUCCCCGACCUUGAGCUGUUCGGGGAUGGCACGCCGCUUGAGACGGAUGAGGUGGCCUCCGCUCCGGAUGUGUUAGUGACGUUCUAUGAGAUAGAAACGCAGAGGCGCAACCUUGCAGCCUCGCGCGUCCAGGGACUGUCUCGAAUGAGGCAAGCGAGAGAUCGGGCGAGAAGCCGCAUCUUGUCGCAGUUCGAGAAGCGCUUUGACGUCUACAGCGGAAAGUUCUACUAUCACAGCAACAAGACCAAGAUCGACACCUUCGUAAAACCAAGCCUCCUUCGCCCUGACCAGGAUUUGGAGGAGCCUGCCGACGAGUGGAUUGAGCAGAAGGACCGCUCUGGCAAAACGUUCUACACAAAUCCCGCCACUGGGCAACGAUCGUUCUUGUCAGUGCCUGAGGCCGCGGCAGUCAUCGUCAAGGCCUGCCGGUAUCACCUCCAAGCUUUCUACGGCAUCCCUGGACCGGAUGUCAUUGAACGGGGGAUACGUUUUUCCCAAGAAGCGGAGGAGGCAUGGGUACAGGGUGGGGGUCGGCUGGCAUCAACCCUCAACUACGCUCUGGUGCUGCAUACGCAUCUGCACGACCUCGACACCGCCGGCCCCCUCUACGACGCCGCGCUUGAGUUAUCCGGGGAAAAUCCUCUCGUUCAGCGCGCCUGCGGCCUGUUCUUGCUCUCGAGCUGUCGCUUCCCGAGGGAGCAAAGCCGUGCCAAGGGGCUGGCGUUGCUGAGCGCGGCAGACUACAGGGCGUUGUUGAACUGGGCUUUGGUUCUCGAGCAUGUCCGCCGAGACCCGGCACAGGCCGGUAAGUAUGUGGGCCCUUAUUGUGGACGGAGAUAUGUGCUCUUUUGUGAUUUUCGUAUCUGGACGAACGUGCCUUGCUCGGCUUGGGGCCAGGUGGGGGAAAAUCGCCAGCGAGACCGGUCGGACUCCUUACAUAAAUUGGCACCUCACGAACACGACGAUACUUCGCCGCCAAUGCUCCUGGGGAAGCAGCUGUUUUAUCGGCGAGCCAUCGCAGCGAACGACCUCGACCCUCACGUCCUGGCGAACUACAAGAGUUUUUGCAUGGAGCGUCUACCAGGAGGCCUGUAUCCAGGGGGGGGACCGGGGUCAAGGAUCCUCCGCCGGUCGCGAUUGGACGGCGAAAGCUUGGAGUUGGGGGCAUGGAAGCGAUAUCACGACCCGGCGGCGAGCGAAAGGUGCUUGGCGACGUUUUGGUUCCAUCCUCUGCAGCAAGAAACUAGUUGGCAAGGGCCACCGACGGAAGGAGAGGAAGAGAUCAGCUGA